UUGGCAGAGCUGCUUCUCUAUUUCUCUCUGCUCUCUCUCUAUUUCGCUGACAAAAACACACGCAGGUAGGAGGGCUCACCCCCUCAAACUCUCCCUGCCUGCACCAUGCUGCCCUGGAAAAGAAGUAAGUUUGUUCUGGUGCAGGAUGAGGCCAAGACCAAGCCUAAGAGACUGAUAGCUGGGCUGACCUACCAGUCCAUCCUCUCCUCCCUGAUGCGCUCCUGUCCCGACCUGCUCCCCGACUCGACCACUUUUGACUGGCUGGGCUCCAUCUUCCAGACCAAGAGGCAGAAGGUGGAACUCAACAAGGAGGAGCCCACCUACACCGUACGUUACCUGGGGAGCAUUGUCACCAUCACGGCUAAAGGAGGAGGCUGUACACAGGACCCAGUGGCUAAGAUCUGGCAAAGGAGUAACUACGGAGAGCAUAGCGUCAAGAUGAGAUUAACCGUGGGAGCUCAGGGCAUCGAGAUGGGCACCGACAAGACGGGCAAGAAGAAACCCACCCACCUCUACUCUCUGAACCGGAUCACCUACUGCACAGCUGACCCUUGCCGACCCAAGAUCCUAGCCUGGAUCUACAGACAUCAAGUCAAGAACAAGGCUGUGGUUCUCAGGUGCCAUGCCGUUCUAGUCAGCAAGUCGGAGAAGGCCAGGGCCAUAGCACACAGUCUUUACCAGACGUCCACCUCAGCCUUCAGUGAGUUCAAGCGGCUGAAAAAGCAGAGUGAUUUCAGGCACUGCCAACAGCAGCUGCUGGGGGAGGACAUGGUGCCGCUGAUGCCUCUGAGGAAGCUGCUCAAUGGGCAGUGCCACUACCGGCCACCUGCCGACAGCCCUGGAGGCCCCAGUACCACCGGUCUCUGCUCCAUCGCAGAGGAGGAAGAAGAGGAGGAGGAGGAGGAAGAGGAGGAGGAUGAAAGGGAGGUGGAGGAAGAGGGGUACGAGGCGGAUGAGGAAACUCUAUCGGACACUGACCUAACUCAUUCAUAUGGGUCAUGUGAGAUGAACCUAGGGGACAUAUUUGACGGACAGGACGAGUGUUAUAUCAACAUCAACAUAAACAUCAGCGACAGCAACAACAACACACUGACAUUUGUCAGCUCUCUAGUGUGAUAGGACAGAACAUGGACAUGGAUAUCAUAUCACAUCAUCACAGAGCCACAUUCCUUCUCUUCUCCUUCACUGCCUGGUCCCUUUCUAUCACAGGUUAUAUCCUGCUUUAUCACAGUGUGAAGAGGAUACAUUCUGUCUGUCAGGAAAGUUCUUCCCCACUGCUCUUUUGGGUCAAGGAAGAAAGAAAAUGUAUGUUUGGGAAAGGAUUUAUUUUUCCAGAUGGCUCAGACAGACAUUGGCUUGACAAUUUCAGUUGACUAUAGCAAUUUUGUGAGAGUAUUUAUAAAGAGGGCUGCGAGAAAGUGAUAGCACAAUGUAAAGGGAAUAAUCUAAGAGACUAUUAAGAGAACUAGCACUGACUGAGCUCCUCAUAAUAUUGCCAUGCCAGGUGUACAUAGCACCCUAAACCCAAGGUGUGUUUACUUCUGUUUUCCUUGAUAUUUUGUAAGUAUAGUAACAUUAAUGUUUGUUGCCAUGAUUUUCGAUUAACUUGUACUUUUUUCAGAGGUUAUUUGUAUGAAAAAUAUGUAUACUUUCUACUAAGACAAUCCGUAUAAUGUAAUUUUCCACACUUGACCUUUCUGAGUGCAUGUAACCCUGAGGAGAAGUUUAAUAAAAUGUUACUACAGUAUAACCUCUGCAGAUUUAUGAAUUAGGCUAUAAUUUAGGAAUCAAGCCAUUGAGUUGACAUAUUUAUUGCUGACAUUUGUUAAAGCCCUGUGUAUCAUUUAUGCAUGACAAGUCAGCAGUGAUGUUUUAACACUUACUCUUUUGUCUUAAUGGGACACCUUUGAUCUCAACGUUGUUAUGCUAUACAGUAACUCCACACUGUGAUGCAUUUCUGACCAAGGAGAGAAUGAAGAAAUAUGUCUAGUUUUUGUACAGUUGUUUUUCAUAUGAACAAAACAGAGCUACAUUCCCCUGAAGGUGUACUAGAUUUCUAUCAGCAGGAUUAAGGCUGUAUGUUUGCUUGACUGCCAAAAUGGCAGAGAUACUGAGGACAGAAAGGUCCAUCUGUUCUUCACCGAUGGAUGGACCAGACUGCUAAAUAUUUGGGCUUUUCUUUUAUCAAAUGUCAUAAAGAUAGAACCUUUACUAUUUAACAAAACCAUUGUGAUCGGGGUCUACAUGGGAUCUACAUGAGAUUAAGUGAUUUUCAAAAUGUGUUGAAUAAAAUACCCUCACUUUUACCUAGUAAGAGAAGUGUAUUUUAUUUAUAUGAGUGACACAUUUAGACAAUUAGCGACAAUCAAAGCUGAGCAUAGAGCGUUUGUCUGAUUAUGAUAAAUCUGACAACUUGAUUUGAUGCAUCUUUCGAUGGUAUUGUAUAUUUUGAAGUUAGUCAAAACAAGACAGGGAACAACAAAGAAAUCAACCAAACACAAAGCUUCUCAGGUCCACAAUUACAGAAGAUCUUUUUAAUAUCCACCACCACAAGACUUGGUCCGCCACAGUCAUGCCACAUUUCACCACAUCUAAAUUGGCCCUUGCCACUUGGUUAGAUGUAGACCGGACAGAACCAUCUCUGCUGGGAUGGUAUUGGCCACUCAGCCCUUUUCUUUGAGUGAACCAAUUAAUCAGAGAAUUGAAUAGUUCGGGAAAUGAACAGAAAAUACCUUCCUAGGCAAAAGAGGGCUAUCUGUCAGAAUGAUACAGAACCAACUGAACUGAGAUGGAUACCAGGAAGUUGUCACAAUCAGCAACUAUUUUACUGAAGAUAUGCUAAUCUGGAUAUCAGAUCAAAUUAUGCCAUAUUGCAGAUAAUGAUUUGUGAUGUGAUUUUCUUCAGGGAUGUUUUUUAAAUGGUUUAUCAGAUAUCUCAAAUUGAGAUUGAAUUAAUUAUACAUUUCUCCAGUUCCUGCAGCUUUUGGUAAAUAGUAAUGCAACAUAACAUUCACACUUUUUCCAUUUACUAUUUCAAAACACAUCACAAACUAGAAUAUUUACUCCCUUUUGUUACAUAACAAAUAAAAACAGACGUGUUAUGUUUGACAGAGCAGAGUCUCCAUACAGAAGGCUUCCUGUCUUUGUUAGUUGCUGAUGUUGCAGAACACAGAGCCAGUUCAAUUUUCUCAGGUUUAAAUUAUGUAGAUGGAUUGGUCUUUGGGGAGAGUUUCUGGAAUCGUUGUUGUCAAUAUUUUUUACUAAUAAACUACCUCUGAAAGGGUAGAGGAUCACCAAUCUGUACGGAAACAAUACAGAAUCUCUAAACAACAAAUAUACCCUAGUCUGGGAACCCUGGUGAAAUACAAAAGAGAAUAAAAGAGUUAAUUGUGUCUGUAAAUUUCUUCCCUAGGAUGGCAUCACGUCCUACCCUGUGUGAUGCCCUGGUUUUACAUACGGUAGAUAGGCCUAAUUUCAGAUGUAUUGCGAAAUACAGAUACAUAGUAAUACUUCAAGCAACAUUGUUGGUCUUAUGGCAUUCAUACAUCACAGGAGGUUGGUGGCACCUUAAUUGGGGAGGACGGGCUCGUGGUAAUGGCUGGAGCGGAAUUAGUGGAAUGGUAGCAAAUACAUCAAACACAUGGUUUCCAUGCCAUAACAUUUGCUCCAUUCCAGCCAUUAUUAUGAGCUGUCCUCCCCUCAGCAGCCUCCAAAGUCAUACAUGAAUAUGUUACGUGACAUUCCAUUUGUCCAUCUGUACUCUAUCCAUCAUAUGGGGGAUUUAAAUGCAUUAUACGAUACACAGUAAUAAAAAAAU